ACAUCCACACAGUGCAUGCCAGGACUGGGAGACAAUUCACCCAUCCCUCCUCCAUUCAUUCCUUCAAUCCAACCAUUCAUUCACCAGGACGUGAUCAAUGCUCCGAGUCCACUGCGAUACAGUCCGCUGGCAUGCUUCACUGACAGUCCGUACACCUUCCCUCGGAGGUCUCUUUCUCCCUGAUCUGCUGGCUAAGUUAUAAUUCAAUUGUCUGGAAGUAUCAUUUUCCUCGGCUCCUCCUUGUGUGCCAUAUAUCUCGUCAGAUGAUGGAUUCAUCAUGGAAGCUGAUUUUUAAGCAGUAUCAUCACAGAAAGGAAAUUGUUAUCAUCUCAUUUCAACCAUGACUUGAUGAUUGCAGGAACAAGUAAUUUUUCAGGAUAUAGUUUUCUGAGAAGAAUGAAAGAGCAUUCAUAUUUUGGAUUUUGAAAAAAAUCUGAUGACCUUCGGGGUAAGGAAAGUGGACAUUUAGUUAUACAAUGGAGCUUACAUCAAAUCUCUAGAUAUCAAGUGGAAUUAAUUUAUUCAUAUUUGUAUUAGAGUUUCAACUGAAUAUCACUGGAUUGGGGUUGUGACAUUUAUCACAGUGUGAUUUGUUUCUGUCUUUCUGAGAGGACUUUGAUUUGUCUCAAUCACAAUGAUGCAUCAUUACUCAUGUUCAAUCAAUAACCUGCACUGCAUGUUCUAAGACCUUGGAUUUCUGACAAGGAUAUACAUUUUUUAUAGGGUCAUCAUUGAUUUGAAGUUCAAAGAAUUAAUUAGGCUUUAUGGAUAUUUCAUCAAAUAUUCCAUUCAUCCAUGGAUGAUGGUCACAUGGUGACAAGAACUUCUAAUUAAUUAGAUGGAAAUUACCCUUUAAUACUACAUUUUAAUGUCCUUUACCUUGUCAUGUAUGAUGACAUUGGCCAUCAAGAGACAUCACUAAUCAGCAAGAUGAUUUCGAAAUUGGUAAUUGGGAUUGAGAACGUACAUUUUCAGAGGUCUGCAAUGACGGUAUAUCGUGCAAACCACUUCUGCAAUGAGUAAAAAGUUGAGGGUGUUUGCACAGCCCGUGCAGGGGCCAGGAACUGACUUCAUGCCUGGCCGUUUGGCGCACGGAGGGGGAGGGGUGACUGCGGGUAGAGCCGGGAUCACCCUCCCUCCCCCUUACAACCCCAAAGACAAUAGGGUCACCCGGUCUCAUCCAGAAGCAAAGACUCGAGAAAAGAACCACAUAGGCAAUGGAGCAGUCAAAGCCAGUCAGCCCAUCCAGAUCAAUGGUGUUCUUGGACGGAGAGCUAAUGGCCUUCAAAAUGAGAAACUCUCCAACAGUCUUCCACCGGCGACCUCAGGUCAGACCACGUUUCCUCAGCUUUCCUUAGGCCCUAAGAGCAGCACCAUGGGGGAGUCCUUACCCCAGCUCACCAAUGUUCAGGGGCACCUAGUGGCCUCUGGUAUUCACCAGACAACCAUUGGCGAACAUAUAAAGGCUCAUAGACAACCUACCAAAUUAGAUGAACUGAAAAGAACAUCUAAGAAUGAAGGGAAAGAAGGCAGAGUACACAUGAAACCGAAUGAAGCCAUGAUGUACUACCGAGACAAGCUGACGGUCUUUGAAGAAGCAGAGAUCCUGGACUACCAGGAGGUCUGGUUCUUGGGCCCAGAGGCCAAGAAAGUCGAGGGUGUCCAAGGGGCGUCGCAGAACAAUGGCUAUGAUGACGAGAAUGGCUCAUAUAUUAAGGUUUUACAUGAUCAUUUAGCAUACAGAUAUGAGAUCUUAGAGGUCAUAGGUAAAGGGUCAUUCGGUCAAGUCGUCAAAGCCUAUGAUCACAAGCUAGGAGAGAUGAUUGCAAUUAAGAUUAUACGCAAUAAGAAAAGAUUUCACCACCAGGCAUUAAUAGAAGUCAAGAUAUUAGAUGCACUAAGGAGAAAAGACAGAGACAACUCACACAAUGUGAUCCACAUGAGAGAAUACUUCUACUUUAGAAACCAUUUAUGUAUCACCUUUGAAUUAUUAGGUAUGAAUCUGUAUGAAUUAAUCAAGAAAAACAACUUCCAGGGCUUCAGCGUUGCCCUCAUCCGUCGGUUUGCCUUCUCCCUGCUGCAGUGCCUACGCAUGUUACACAAAGAACACAUCAUCCACUGUGAUCUUAAACCAGAGAACAUUCUACUCAGACAAAAGGGUCAGAGUUCAAUCAAGGUCAUUGACUUUGGCUCCAGUUGCUAUGAACACCAGAGAGUGUACACCUACAUCCAGUCCCGUUUCUACCGAUCCCCCGAGGUGAUCCUUGGGCUACCCUAUGGUCUCCCUAUUGACAUGUGGAGCUUUGGCUGUAUCCUGGCGGAGCUCUAUACAGGCUACCCGCUCUUCCCAGGGGAGAAUGAGGUGGAGCAACUAGCAUGUAUCAUGGAGAUCUUUGGACUUCCUCCACCUCACAUCAUUGAAGAAGCUCAAAGGAGAAGACUAUUCUUUGAUUCAAGAGGAAACCCAAGGUGCAUUACAAACAGUAAAGGAAAGAAGAGGCGACCCAACACAAAGGAUCUGGGUUAUGCAGUCAAGACAGGCGAUCCUCAGUUUUUAGACUUUAUCAAGAGAUGUUUAGAAUGGGAUCCCUCCCAGAGGAUAUCGCCAGACCAAGCCUUGCAGCAUGCCUUCAUCCAAGAGGGCAUCCCACAUGCCAAAUCCAAGGACAAACACCGGUCAUCCAACGUCACCGCUUCCUCCUCCUCAUCCACCACCACCAACCACCAUCAUCAUCACCAUAGAAACAAGCAUCAACACAGUACGCAUCACCAGCAAACUGUCAGAGAGAUGCAAAAGGAGGAAGCGGCAUCUAAGGAGCAGGAGGUCAAGGGUGAAGGGUCAAGUGGAGGGGUCUUCCAGCUGCCGGCAGUGAAUAAGGGCGUGGUCCAGGCCAAGGGCAGCGCCAAAGGGAGCGCCAAGGGCAGUGCAAGGGUGAGGGAAAGGAAGGAGAAGCAGAGCAACUCAACUAAGGAAAAUACAGAAGAUUCCUCAGAAGUCCUGAAGAAAAAUGGAUUGCGACUUUCAAGAGAGAAGUCUAAUCUAAAUACCAAGUCUGAUUUUGUCAUGCCACCAAUUCAUCUUGGGAACGUUGACCUGACAGCAGAGAAACCAGUUAAUAAGGUCAAGCCACUUCUUGCGGAAGAUAAAGCCCCCUCUAUGGAGGUCAUUGAGGUUGAGGAUUCGGAGAAGAUUAUUGAAAACUUAGAACUCGAUGAAAAGAACGAGACAAAACAAAGCGGCCAAUUCUUACCGCGGAUUGUAUAGCGUAGGAGGACAGUUGUUACCCUUGUUUGUAGAGCACAGGACUCAUUAGAGGUAGACUAGGAACAACUGCAUGGCUCAGCAGUGAGGACUCCUUAGGAGCUGUAGUUUGUAGAAAUCUAGUGGAAUGGAUCCUAUAUGAUGAUCUCAAGGGUGCCUACUUUUAAAAGGAAGGGGUCAUAUGCCCAUGAGGACGAAAACAAAGAAGAUCAUAUCUUCAGACCUGCACCCAUGCACCUUUUCUUUGAGCUCAGAGGAUCACGAUUCGGACAUCUGUAUCAUCCAUCAGUCGUUGAAGAAUGAUGAAAUAUGUCAUCAUGUUCUGAUUGGGUGGUGUGCCUAUCUGAAGACAUCACACAUCUGUGCCACUCAGUCUUUGAAGGUUGAUUGCACAUGAGAGUCACCGUGUUCCGAGUGAGUGGUGUGAUCAGAAGUGCCUAUCUGAAGACACCAGUCAAAGACAACACCUACCAUUUGUGCACAUUCAGCAUCAUUUUCAAAAUUUUACACCAUCACCACCAAUCAUCACCAUUCCAGCUGAAAGUCAAGUAUAAAACAGAAAGAUAGAUUCCAUUUGAAAGUCAACAUUGAAACAUGAUCACAAGUGCCUACCUGAGGAUAUCAUUCAAGGAGCUCAUCCAAUGUUUUCACCAUCAUUAUUAUUAGUAUUAUUUCUUUGGUGUCACCUGUCCCUGGGAGGGGAACAGCAUCAGCAUCUUUUUUCUUCUUUUUGCAUCAUCUUCAUUGUCAGUCAUCAAAUUAUGGGAAGUUCCAGUUGUCAUUCUAUCAAGAACUGACUACCCAAAAUGCCUCAUUUAGGAUACCUAUCAGAGACUGCAUCCUGGAACCAUGAGGCGAAGGACAUGAGAUAAGAUUUCUCCAAUAUAUUGCAUAUACUUUGGUCAGAACAUAGGGAGAUAUCCUUGACCCAACCUUAAUCAGUAAAUGCACUUUGAUUCUGAGAUUUCACAUUCAGAACUUGAGGGGGGGGCUUCUUUAUUAAUAGCACUAUUACAUCAUGGACCUACCACAUCUGUACUUUAGGUCCAUGACUACUUAGAUCUGUAUGUCUGGCACUUAAGGAUAUAGACUGACAUUGUUUUGCAGUACAAGUCAAGUUCCAUUUUGAAAUACAAACAC